AUGGCUAGAAUACUAGGGAAGAGCUUUUCGGCUAUCGCGAAGGCGCUUGGUGUAAAAGGUAGUGCUGAUGCGCACUUGACCCCAGAGAGCAUCGUCCAGCGUAGUAGCGAAGCGAUUUCCCCAUUCGAGCCAUUCGUAGAACAGAUUCCAUCAACGAAAGAAUGGAUUCUCGAACAAUUCCCGAACCGAAUCAACCUUAUUCCAUACCUCCAAAGCCUUUUCCCUUUUAUCGGAUGGGCCCGACGAUAUAAUACGCGAUGGCUAACCACCGACCUCAUUGCUGGUUGUACACUUAGUCUCGUGAUGAUCCCACAGGGGUUGUCCAAUGCGAUAUUAACGAAUCUAAGCCCUGAAUUUGGGCUUUUUACCACAUUUGCGGGUGCUUCGAUAUAUUGGAUUUUUGGGACAUCUAAGGAUAUAUGUGUUGGGGCAACCGCCGUAAUAUCUCUGCUCGUUGGAAAGACGGGAACCAGUGUUAUCGACAAACAUCCCAACUUUACUUUAGAAGAAGUGGCCAAGACUCACGCAUUCCUCGCUGGCUGCGUUUUUCUUAUCCUUGGUCUCUUACAAUUAGGAUGGAUUAUCGAGUUGAUACCUCAUGUCGCUAUUUCGGCUUUCGUCACCGCCGCCGCAAUUACCAUCGCUCUUGGUCAGGUACCAAACCUUCUAGGGAUUAGGGACAUCAACACUAGGGGUCCAGCUUAUCAAAUCUUCAUUGAUAUAUGUAAGGGGCUCGGCCGAAUAGAGCUGGAUGCAGUGGUGGGACUUACAGCCUUGCUACUAUUGAUGUCCGUAAAGUGGCUAUUCCAAUACUUGGCGGUACGGAAACCUCAUCGGGAAAAGAUGUUGAAUACACUUGCCUCACUUCGACUAUCUUUUACUGUAUUUCUUUACAUUUUGGUCAGUUAUCUGCUCAAUAGGAAUAUCCCGCAAGAAGAGUUCAAGUUCCGUAUACUUGGACAUAUCCCAACAGGUUUUGGUCAUAUUGGGCCUCCAACUCUUCAACCCGAAUUGGUGAAAAGUCUUCUGUCUGAGCUUCCGGCUAUGGCAAUUGUUAUCAUCGUUGAACAUAUUGCUAUUGGUAAAUCCUUGGCUCAGAAGAACGAGUACAGCAUAGCACCAUCGCAAGAGCUGGUCGCAGUCGGUGCGAUAAAUUUAGCUGGACCAUUUGUUGGUGCUUAUGCUUCAACGGCUUCAUUCGGCGGUAGUGCAUUGCUGUCGAAAGUCCGUGUUAAAACACCCUUGGCCGGGAUUUUUAACGCCGUUAUUCUUGCCCUGGCUUUAUAUGCGUUAGGCCAGGUCUUAUACUGGACCCCGAUUGCUACUAUGGCGGCUCUCAUAAUACAUGCCGUGAUCGGUUUACCCAUUUCUCUUGAUGAGUUGCGUAAAUUAUGGAUGGUAUCGCCACCAGAUCUUGUCAUCUACGCUAUCGGACUCCUGGCGUCUAUUUUCAGUACGCUUGAGAACGGAAUCUAUGUGACUACGGCCUUAUCUGCUUGCCUCAUUCUCGUCCGGCUUCUUCGUGGCCGGGGGCAAUUUCUUGGGCGCGUUCAAAUUUACCAAUACCCAAAUUCACGCACAAGAAGCUCAGUUACAGCAGAUCCACCGUUUACAUUGGCAACCCGUCCCAGAGAUGCUUUCUUCCGACUCGAUCGAAAUGAUGCAUCAAACCCAUCCGUCUAUAUUGAGUCUCCUCGUCCAGGGGUAUUCAUUUAUCGCUUCCCUGAAGGUUUCAAUUACGUCAAUCAAGCCCAGCAUAUGGAGUUUCUUCUCGCAUAUGUAACAAGAGAAACCUGCCGAACCACCGUACUUGACUAUAAGAAUCCCGGUGACCGACCGUGGAAUGAGUGCGCCCCCCCUCGUUCUAAAGAAGUACCAAAUCAGCUCGGUUCAGAGACCACCAAGCCAACUCUCAAAGCGCUAGUCUUUGACUUUUCUACUGUGAGCAACAUCGACGCCGACGCAAUAAAUGGACUGAUCAUUCUUCGCAAGCAACUAGAACGCUGGUCAUCCCCAGAAACUGUUCAAUUGCACUUUGCAAGCGUAGAUAGCCGCUGGGUGCGUAGGGCGUUGGCUGUAUCUGGAUUCGGUUACCCAAGGGGCAGAGAGUUGGAAGCCCCUAUUCCCUGGAGUCCGGUAUUCAGUCUCGCAAAGAAGAAAAUAAUGGAAAGGACUAGUACAAUACCACCGGAAGGACCCCUUGUUGAACCUACAAGAAUAGCUACGACUAUUGGAAAUUCGGGGAGUGGACAUUCUGGUAUCGAAACAAUCCCGAUGGGCACUGGACAAUUGGUAGCUACACACGGUACCAACUAUCCUAACUUUCAUGCGGAUCUGACGGCUGCGAUUCGGGCUAUUACCGCGUUCACCACCUAA